AUGGCGAAGUCUAAGCCUUCUCCAUCUAUUUCAUUCGACGACAUCAUCAAAUCUGAUCGCCAGAAGAAGCAACAUGAGCAGCUGGCUAGUCAGCUCCUGGGGAGGAACAGAAACAAGAAGGACCGACGCGCAAGUGCACCAGGACCUGGAGCGGUCAGCAAGGCACCGACCGCGAAACCCGGGAGCUUAGCCAGCCGGAUCGGCAUGCCCAAGCGCUCCGCGUCGACCUCUUCCCGUCCGAACCAGACCAAUAAGCCCAAACCCAACCCAGCUUCCGCCAUAGUCGCAUCUGCGCGCACGCGCGCAAACCCCGCAAAUAAGAAGCAGCACAACGCCGAACGCCUCCUAAAUGCGCUUGAAACUGGUAACACUCAGGCGACCAUCCGACAACCCAGUGGCGGCCUGUUCAUUAAGGGUGCCUCAGGUCCGUUUGUGGUGGUGGGGAGCAACUUUGCCCCAGGAACGACAGCCGCAGAUAUCCAGUCCGCGCUGGAGCCUACUACAGGACCAAUGCUCAGUUGCCGAGUCACUGGGCAAAGCCCGAAUGUCACGGCCGAAUUUGCUUUCCAGGACAAGUGGACGGCGGAGAACAUGGUCGCAAACUUCCACAAUCAGAGGGCUGACGGCAGAGUUUUGUCUAUGACACUCAAGCCUAUUGGAGCUAAAGCCAAUUUGCAACCCCAAGCAAAUUCCUAUAGCCAACUCCGAGAGCAGGCAGAUCGCCAACGACGGACUCGCCACUCGGAGCCAGGUGUGCAGGACGGCAGCUACGGAUUCAAUGAUAAUGAAGACGUUUUGAGCAACAAGAAAAAGAGCCCGGGGUUCUAUAGCGACCAGAUGAUGGUGGAUGCCCCGGCACAGAAGAACCAGCAGCGACGGAGACGCCAGCGUUAA